AUGCCUGGUUCAUCGCAACUACCCAUCAGUCUCCUGCGCGACACCUUCAUUGCGCGCAGGAACUCACCCAACGGCCAGCUCAUUGCCUUUAACAUUGAUGUUUUGCGCAAUAUUGUCUUCCUCUUCUUCGUUCUACGAUGGUCGCGCAUCACCUUCUACCAGCUCAAAGGUCGCGGCAUCUUCGGCUCGGCCACUGACGCAUACGUGAGCAUUCGUCGCUAUCUCUACGGUGUCUUUCUGCGACUUCCCGGCGUUCGCGAAAAAGUCCAGGAGCAGGUUUCCGAGUCGAUCAUGGGUUUGGAGCGCAAACUCGUACCCAGCGGACCUGGCGUUCAGCGCCUGACCAGCCUACCAGCCGAGGGAUGGAGCGAAGACGAAGUGCGCGCCAAACUCGAUGAGCUAGCCAACAUGGACCAUACCCGCUGGGAGGAUGGACGCGUCAGCGGUGCGGUAUACCACGGUGGAGAAGACCUGAUCCGACUUCAGACGGAAGCGUUUGGCAAAUUUACCGUGUCGAACCCCAUCCAUCCCGAUGUGUUCCCUGGUGUAAGGAAGAUGGAGGCUGAGAUUGUCGCCAUGGUUCUUUCUCUCUUUAAUGCCCCCCAUGACGCCGUAGGUGUUACGACUUCCGGAGGAACCGAGUCUAUUCUCAUGGCCUGCCUGUCUGCACGCAACAAGGCUUACAAGGAGCGCGGAGUAACGGAGCCUGAGAUGAUUCUUCCUGAGACCGGACACACCGCUUUCCGAAAGGCCUGCGAAUACUUCAAGAUCAAGGUGCACCUUGUGGAAUGCAGGGCCCCAAGCUACAGGGUCCAUAUCCCAUCCGUCUCACGUUUGAUCAACCCCAACACAGUCCUGCUGGUCGGAUCAGCGCCCAACUUCCCCCACGGUAUCAUCGACGAUAUCUCCGCAUUGAGCAAGCUCGCCUACAAGAAGAAGAUUCCGCUACACGUUGACUGCUGUCUCGGUUCCCUGCUCGUUCCUAUGCUCGCCAAGGCCGGCUUCGAUAACGAACCUUUUGACUUCCGCCUCAAAGGCGUUACCAGCAUCUCUUGCGACACGCACAAGUACGGAUUUGCACCCAAGGGCAGCUCAACUGUGCUCUACCGCUCUGACGUAUACCGUAAAUAUCAAUACUUCAUCAUCCCAGACUGGUCCGGUGGUGUAUACGCAUCACCAUCCAUUGCAGGCUCCCGUCCCGGUGCGCUGAUUGCAGGAUGCUGGGCAAGUCUCGUCAGGCAGGGUGCAAAUGGUUACCUCGACUCUUGCCUCAAGAUUGUCGGCGGCAUGAAGAAGAUUGAGGCCGCCAUCCGCGAAAAGCCCGAGCUAUCAUCCGACCUCAAGAUUAUUGGUCGCCCCAUGGUCUCCGUCGUAGCUUUCCUCUCAAACACACUCGACGUUUAUGACAUUGCCGACGGCAUGUCGGCCAAGGGAUGGCACUUGAACGCUCUGCAGAACCCACCUGCCAUCCACGUUGCCGUUACUCUGCCCGUUGUUGCCGCCGCGGAUAAGCUCAUCAACGAUUUGAUCGAUGUUACCGAGGAGGUCCGAGAAGCUGAGAGGAAACGCAUCGCCGAGGGCAAGGGAGCAAAGGGUGCAGUCAAGGGUGAUGCCGCGGCACUGUACGGUGUUGCAGGUAGCCUGCCCAACAAGAGUGUUGUCGAGGACUUGGCAAAGGGUUUCCUCGACACGCUGUACAAGACCUAA